AUGGAUUUAAGUUCAUUAUUUUCUGGUUUUGUUGAGUUUAUAGCUCCAUUAGGAACUAUUCAUGUCAAUGACAAGCAAUUUGGAGAAUGUACAAUGCUGCAUUUGAAGAAAGAUUUGAUGUUCAUCUAUGCUUCUCUUCCAAGAGCCCCAGAUGUUCGAUUUCCUGUGGUAUGUGCAUGUUUUUUUACUUGCUUUCCCAGUUUGAAGAUUUUAGAACACUGGAUGUUGUCGAGUCUUGGAUAUAUAUGGCUAGUAGACAUGCUUAGACAUGGGCUGAUUUGUUUAGAUGAUUAUAGGCAGAAUCAUACUUGCGGUGUUGAUAUCAAAUGCUUAGAUCUUGCUGCAGUUCAUAUGACAUAUGUGAUUGAUCUUCCUGUGUUAUGUCAUGUUGCUGCGAGAGUACCUCAGUCCAGGUCUCGCGUUACAACACAUAUGAGAAGAAUGCAAAGGAUUUGUCAUUUCUCUGCAGUGGUUCAGUUUGCUAUGUUGCAGCUGAUCCUAGAGUUAGGACAUCUUGUUUUCCAGUUCAGAUUCUAUGCGCAGCUUGUUUCAAGAGAAUGCAAUAUGUAUUGCUUGCUUCUCACUUAUCCUCCCUGGAUGGUUACAAGAUUAAGAGUAUUAUUUUGUUCAUCUCAAGAGCGUGCUUUUGAAGUUUUUCUAUAUGUUCACAAGCUUUGGUUUGCUGCUUCUGUCUUGCAUCUCGUCGUAGAACAAACGUUUCUACAGCGACAAAUCCGUAUGCUUCUGACUCGUUCUGGAUGGUACAUGUCCAUACUUGAUUUCCUUUAUUGUUCAUUACCGAGACCACCAGAAGAUCUUUAUGAAUUCAAUUUCACUCUCCUCCAAUUCAUCUUGUGUUCUUCAUGUCCAAGAUGUAAGGGAUUACAUCUUCAGGGGGGUAUUAGAUAUGUUAAUGUGGUUUACACAUUAGCCUUUGGUUUAGUGAACCGGCGUCUGUACCGGAUAGAUUAA